AUGAACAACGAGAAUAAGGAGCUGGUGCAGGCACUCUCUGGAAUGCUCAUCCAAGCAUUGAGGGAAUCCAUGGGACCCGCCCUCCAACAACCAAUAAACUCAGUUCGAAAUACAGCUUUCGCUACCAAGCUGAUGAUCGAUGUGAACAUAGACGGCAAGCGUACCGAAAUGGAAUUGGACACAGGAGCACCCUGCGGGAUUAUAGGCGAAACGACGUUACGGGCAAUUAAGGCAAGAUAUUCUCUUAAGCCAACGGAUAGACAAUUUACCAGCUAUACGGGACAUCGGAUCAAUUGUCUUGGUCGCUUACCGGUGAACGUAAAAGUAGGUGACGUAACGCGUAAGCUUAACCUGUAUGUCGUAUCUGGGAAAACAGACUCGCUCUUCGGUCGUGAGUGGAUCGCACACUUCGCGGACCAGUUAGACCUCGGUAAAAUGAUAGCUCCAAACGCAGCGGUGAAUACCAUCAGUUCCAAGCUCACAUCAGACCGUGAAACUCAACUGAACUCGUUGCUCAACAGUUAUGAUAAUGUGUUUAGCGAAGUACCCGGUAAACUGACAGGUCCACCCGCUUCAGUACAUCUCAAACCCGAUGCCACACCCAUUUUCGCGAGAGCACGAGAUGUUCCAUAUGCAUUACGCGAUAAGUAUGCCGCGGAAAUCGAAAAGAAACUCAAAUCUGGUUUCUAUGAGAAGGUGGAGUACUCCGAGUGGGCUUCGCCGACGCACGUAGUGGCUAAGAAAAAUGGAAGCAUUCGAAUCACCGAAAAUUACAAGCCUACUGUGAAUCCGAGAAUGAUCAUCGACGAACAUCCGAUCCCCAGAGUAGAUACCAUUUUUAACCAGAUGAAAGGAGCUACACUUUUCUGCCACCUGGACAUCACCGAUGCGUAUACUCACUUGCCGAUAGACGAAGAGUUUCGGAAAAUACUCACCUUAAAUACCACUACACACGGGCUUAUACGUCCAACGCGUGCUGUGUAUGGUGCCGCCAACAUACCCGCGAUCUGGCAACGUCGAAUGGAGGAAAUUCUUCUAGGACUUACGAAUGUUGUUAGCUUCUACGACGACAUCAUCGUAUUUGCCAAAAAUUUUGAAGAACUGCUACAAGCUCUGACGCGCAUUUUGAGUAGAAUCCAGCAAAGUGGAGUCAAGACAACGCCAGCGGGAGGAAAUGACGAUAUAGAUGCGUUCGAGGAUUUCGUGCUCAACCAAAUCCAACAACUGCCCAUCAGAGCCGAGCAAAUCGCACGUGAAACGCGAAAAGAUGACCACUUAGGAAAGAUCCUCAACGACUUAGAACUGGGAAGAAACCUAAUACAAGCAGGGUACAAAUCACCAGAAGCAAAGUACACGACGGUCGCAAAAUGCUUGCUGUUCGAACAUCGCGUCGUCGUUCCUGAGAUCUACCGCCCUGCAAUCCUCAAAGACCUGCAUUCCGCGCACAUUGGCGUAGUCAAGAUGAAAUCCCUUGCACGAUCGUACGUCUACUGGCCAGGGAUAGACAAGGACAUCGAGAAGCUAGCCAAAGCAUGCCACGAAUGUGUACAGACAGCGUCAGCACCUCCUAAGUUCAACAAACACCAUUGGGAGUAUCCGUCCAACCCCUGGGAGCGUGUGCAUAUAGAUUACGCUGGACCCGUUGCCGGUGCAAUGCUGCUAGUCAUCGUCGAUGCAUACAGCAAGUGGCUUGAGGUGAAAGUGACUCGCUCAACCACAACGGCAGCAACCAUCGACAUCCUGGAUGAACUAUUCGCAUCCUACGGAUCGCCACUGACAGUUGUGACCGACAACGGAACGCAAUUCACUGCGGAAGACUUUACUUCAUUCCUGCAACGAAGUGGUGUUAAGUUCCACAAACGCUCCGCGCCGUACCAUCCAGCUACCAAUGGGCAAGCAGAGCGCUACGUUCAGACCGUCAAGCGAGCUUUGAAGGCAAUGAAUUCUACAAGCUCUACACUUCAAGCGAAUCUGAACGAAUUCCUUCUUCAGUACCGCAAAGUACCGCAUAGUGAAACCGGCGAGCCCCCAGCUAAACUGUUCUUAGGGCGAAACAUUCGGUCACGUCUCGACCUACUCCGUCCGCAAACCGUCCAGACCAGAGCAUCGGAGAAGCAACGAAUAACCUUCGAUCCAACGUACCGUACGUUCGAGCCAGGACAACUCGUUUAUUGUCUUUCUGGUAAUCCGAGAAUGGACAAGUGGAUUUGA